AUGUCGCAUCGAAAGAUACGAACGUGGACUUUAGCAGACCUUGCGUCUAGGCGAAUGUACUCUAUCUAUCCGCAUAACACUUCUGCAAAUGAGAAUGCACAUUAUUUGAACAACGCAAAAUAUUUUAUUCCUAAUAAUGAUCAGCUGCACCUGCGGUUAAAGUCCCACGCCUGGAAUGGAGCUGCACAUGACCCAAACGAAACAGACGAAGAGAGAAUCUCUGCGGUUUUCCCCGCUACUAGGAAUCAGCUGCUCAUUCGCACAAAAUCUGAUAGUGUUGUUCUAGUGACAUACCAUUUACAGCAGGCGAAUUCACCUGCCUUACAUCACUCGUCGUCUCAACCAACCAAUCGUCUCCAGAAAAUCCUCACCAUGUCUCGGGCAGGAACUUGGAUGAAGAUGCUCGGCGUCGGCAUCGUCAUCUGUGUCGGCGGUCCGGCAUUCGUCCAAUACAUCCGUCCUACUGAUGAAGAAUUGUUCAAGCGUUACAACCCCGAUCUUCAGAAGCGGAGUCUGGAGGAAGGUGAUCGCCGAGCUCGGGAAUUCGAUGAAUAUGUUACCCGGUUGAAGCAAUGGUCCAAGUCCGAUAAGUCGAUUUGGUACGCGGCUCAGGAACAACAGGAACAGAAGCGCGUGGAGGCUGAGGUACAACGGAACCAGGCCAGGGACGAUGCUAAGGUACAACGUGAGGAGAUGAGAAAGGAACUGCUGGGUGAGAAAUAA